AUGCUUAUCGAUCCAGAUAUAAAAGAUUUACACUCAUUGUUACGUCCAAAAUUUGGUAAUGAGUUUAUUAUUGAAAAUUGUGAAAUAAAAGAUUUUCUUUUACCUGGUGAAAAUUAUGGUAGUAAAAUAGUCAGUGUUCAUGUUAUAAUACGUCGUACGAAAUUAUCAAAUAAUGAAGAUAUUUGGCUCAUUGCAAAAUUACCACCAACAUUGCAAAUUCAACGUGAAAUAUUUAACAGUCCAUUUACAUUUUCAAAAGAAUAUUUUAUGUAUAAAAAAAUAUUACCACACUAUAAACAAUUAAAUAUUUCAAAUGGAAAAAAUAAUUUAUAUGAUAUUGGUGCUGAUUUUUAUGGUGCUAGAUUAUCAUUAAAUUCUGAUGUUGAAUUUGAUGACAAUGCUGCUAUUCUUCUUGAAAAUCUUAAGAUAAAAAAUUAUUAUUCUGUUGAUAGAAAAUUAGGUUGUGAUUUAUUACAUGCUAAAUUAGCAAUAAAAAAACUUGCUGAAUUUCAUGCUUUUGGAUUGGCGACAAAAGAAAAACAUAGUGAUUUAUUUAAUUUAUUCAAAAAAAAAUCAAAAUGUAUGGAAUUUAAAGAUAUUGAUGGCUGGACAAAAGUGGUUACAAAAAAAUUAAAAUUCAUUGAAAAUGAUAAAGUGAUGUCAGUACAUUUUGAAGAUUGUAAAAAAGCUGUUGAAAGUGCUGGAUUUAAUGUGUGGACAGAUGUACCAGAAGAGCCAUGGUCAACAAUAAUCCACGCUGAUUUUUGGACAAAUAAUAUUAUGUUUCAUAAAGGAGACAACGGCGAACUUGACGAUGUUAAAUUUGUUGAUUUUCAAAAUUACUUAUUUCUCGCACCAACAAGAGAUCUAACAUUUUUCAUUGGCUGUGGACUUGAUGGAAAUGUUAUUAAAGAAAAUGUUGAUGAAUUAAUUGACCUGUAUUACGAAACGAUAAUUGAAAAAAUUAAACAGCUUGAUUGUGAUAUUGAGCCUUAUUCAAGAGCAUCAUUUGAUAAACGAAUUAAAAUUGAUGCUUGUAUUGAAUUUACUCAUUGUAUGUGUAUGCUCAAGAUCAUAACCUUGGAUACCGAUUCCGAUAAUUUAGAUGCAUCAGAUGUGAUUAAUGUAAUGGAAGAUGAAGGAGUUAAUCAUUUUUAUCUUGAACGUGUACGUAAUUUUGUGUCUGUUUUUCAUGCACGUGGAUGGCUUGGUAAUAAUUUAUAA